AUGCCUUUCAACUAUGGCUUUCUCAGCCACAGCGACCCGCUUACCUUCGACCCAAACAAUUACGUACUCACCACCAACGGCUUCGGCCUCUUUCUCACGCAAGUGAUUAUCAUCAUCGUGCUAUGCCAGCUCCUCGGAAAGCUCUUCAAGCUGAUCGGCCAACCGGCCGUGGUCGGAGAGCUACUUGCUGGCAUCCUUCUUGGCCCAACAGCCCUGGGCAACAUACCCGGCUUCACAGAGACCAUCGUUCCAACACAAGCCUUGGGUCUUCUCAAGCUCAUGGCCAACAUCGGCCUCUCUCUGUUUCUCUUCCUCAUCGGGCUCGAGACCGACACGGAUCUCAUGGCAAAAUACUGGCAAAAGGUCGUGCUCAUCACUUUGCCUGGCAUGGCCAUCCCCUUUGGCAUCGCGGUCGGCAUCUCGAGGCUCAUCUGGAUGAUCGAAACGGACCAGACGGUCAAGUUUACCACCUUCUUCCUCUUCGUCGGCACGGUCAUGGCCGUCACUUCGCUCUCGGUGCUCUCACGAAUCAUGGCGGAGAUGAAUAUCCUUAGCACUCGACUCGGAUGCAUCACCAUCGCUGCAGGCGUCUGCAACGACCUCAUCGGCUACGUCUUGCUCGCACUGGGGUCGGCUCUCGGUACGGGCGGCAAGCAGAUUGAUGCUCUGUACCAGUUGCUAGCCGCCGCUGGCUACAUCGUUCUGCUAUGGUUCAUUUUCCGACCUGUCAUGAACCGUCUCAUCGUUCGUAGCGGAUUCGAUAUGGCAACAGGAGCAGAGGACCGCGUUCCUGAGCAUUUGCUGGUCAUCGCGCUCUGCGGUGCUCUUAUCAGCGCCUUCUACACCGAUGCCAUGGGCGUCCACCCAAUCGUCGGCGCCUUCAGCUUCGGCGUCUGCUGUCCACAUGGCAACUUUGCUGUCAAGGUCACAGAAAGCAUCGAGACGCUGGUGAUGCUCGUCCUGCUUCCCCUUUACUUUGUCACCAGUGGCCUCAGCACCAAUUUCAAGCUUCUCGACGACGGAACCUGUUGGGGACUCAUCUGUCUCUUGAUUGUCGGCAUCUUCGUCAGCAAGUUCGGCGCCACUGCCGCCUCUGCCAAACUCGCUGGGAUGACAUGGCGCGAGUCGAUGUGCGUCGCGAGUCUCAUGCAGAGCAAGGGCAUCAUCGAGAUCAUCAUCCUCAAUGUCGCUCUUCAGCUGGAGGUGGUCAGUCCGAAGGUGUUUGCGAUGCUGGUCAUUUGCUUCCUGUGCACCACAAUGUCGGUGCGUCCCUUGUCGCGGUACGUCUACUUCUCCAGUCUGGCGCAAAAGGGCGCCGCAAGCAAGAGCAACGAAGGGGAUGAGAAGCAUGGUCACGGCGCGAACGAAGAAAUUCAAGACUCGAAGCUGAGAGAUGACGCAGAUUCGGCUGACUUUCCCAUCACGGUCGCGAUAGCAUCGCCAAGUCCAGCAACGAAAACGCUCAUGUUUCUGCUCAACCUGAUCGGCCCAGACUCGGACGGACACAGCCCGAACGCGAACAGUAGCGGCCAUGAGGCAGGACAGAUCGCGGUCGAUCUCCUUCGCCUGCUACCCACAGAAUACACGACCUCCUCGAUCAUGCAACUGAUCAACGUUUCGGACGAGCGCCAGCGCGACGAGAUGAUGGAAAGCCUCAAGAAAGUGCAACAGCUCUGCAGAGUUCCCACGUCGGCGGUCCUGGCGAGGGAGAAGAAGCUCAGCCAUUCAUCUGCGACCGCCACCGCACCAGGUGCGAAUGGCGUCUCAUUUGAAGUCCCGCCCGACACUUUCGUCGUGCCCCGCGACGAGAUGAUCAAGAUGAUUGGACAGCAGAAUGCAAAAGCGCAGCACCGACUCGGCACAUCCGACCCGACGCUUUCCGAACUCGGACGAGGCCUUGCACUCGUCACAUGGGAGGCCCAUCACUCGUACGGUCGAGGUCUUUCAUGGCUCGGCAUGGCCGCAGCUGCUAGCGGACUUUCCUUCUCCAAGGCGCUGAACGAGGAAGAUGCUUCCGUCAGCUUCUGGCAGGCUAAUUCGGAUGCACAGUCACUUCCUUCGCGGCUGUUCCGCGACCUCCGCAAGCAGUGCGCCACGGGCGUCUUGCUGGAUCCUAGCAUGUCACAGCAAUCGGGCUCGUCGGUCAUUGUUUCACUCGAUCACGGAGCAAAAGCAGCGCUGCGGCGAGAGCUGGAGGGCCGUCAUGACCUGCGGAGACCAUCUGGCAUGCGCCGUAUCCUGAUCCCCUUCUUCGGUGGAGCGGAUGAUCGCGCCGCUGUAGAGCUUCUGCGCAAGGUUGUUCUCAACUCUCCCGGCAGCAUCCAAGGACUGGUCAUCACAUUCACCAAUGCAGACGAAGCGGAGACUAGCAACGCCAUCGCAUCCCAGGUGAAAGCGCAAGCCCCGAUGACACCCUUGCAGCAUCUGACGGUUGACGACGACGAGCACAUUCAGUCGAUCAACCUGCAGACCGUCCACCAGAAAGAGGCUGCUCGCGUGGAUGCUCGAUUCCUCUUCCACCAGCAGGAUGCGUCCAAUGCUGCGACCACCGUCCCACCGAUUUCGGAGGACCUCGUGGCUACCAUCGACACGCAAGGUCAGAGCGAGUCUGAAGACAGCUCCUCACCGGCGACAGAAGACGAAAGGCUGGCAAAGCCGCUUGCCCAGCGAACGUCGACUACGCGCACCGAAGCGGGGAUCAUCUUCCUUACUCUUCCCUCCUCACCCGAGACCGCCACAGCCCCCAUCAGCACGAUGAGCAAAGUCCUUCUGCCGCUCCUCGACGAGCAGCAGGACAUGCUUUUCAUCGGAAGAGGCAAGUGGAACCAACGACCCAAAGAAUUCCGCCAAGAGGUCGAACGCAUGCACGCCGAGCAGCUUGCGUCAUCCUCACCUAUACCCGAGGAGCUGAGGGAGGAGCACCGUGCCAUCGGCAACUGCCUGGGCGCCGUGACCGAGGGUCUGCUGCUGCAGUCGCUGCGGUCAUGUGCGAUUGUCGUGCAGGCUGCCCAGCAGUGA